UGAAUUUAUUUCACAUUAUCCUAUAAAAAAAGAUAAUAAAAGGGAUUCGAGCUCCUUAGAAAUUUUGUCCAUUAGUUAUAAAAAUUGAUUAUCUAGACAUCUUUUACCUAACAAUAGUAUCAAUAUUCUAUAAAUAUGAAACAUUCUUAAAGAAUAAAAGAAUUUAUAUUAAUAUUCUCUGUGGAUCCAGCUUAUCAUUAUUAUACCAACUAUUCCAUCGGGGGGACACAUCAAUUGGAAUUCUUGUACAUCCACUUAUAGCCAUUAUUCUUGCAUGAAUUUAUGGCUCCUAUGCAAUUUAUUAAUCUAUCUAAAUAUUCUAAUAGGAAAAUGAAUCAAUUCCCUCUGAAUAUAGUAUUUAAUAUAUGGACUAGGCAUCAUAAAUUAAAUUUUUUCUUAAAAAAUAUUAUUAUUUAUAUUACGUUCUGGCAGUCGUCGUUCCUCUUCCAUGCCUUCAUUAUAUAUUUUUUAAAUUACAUUAUUCAUUCGAUGAUAGUAAUAGUUCUUUUAUGACUUAGAAUGAAGAAAAUGAAUUCAAUUAAAUUUAAACUUUCCUUUUUAAAGGCUAUGUUUUUUUCUUUCUCAAUAUGAAUUUCAUUAAAUUAUAUGUGAAUUGGUGAAUCCAAAUCGGAGCUUCAUAUAAGAAUUAGCAUCGGCUCUCACAAGAUUAACUCAUUGAAAUAUUAAGUUAUGAUAUUUUAAUAAUUUUAUAGAAUAAAUAUUACAUUACCUUGACUUAAAAAAAAGGUAAAUAAUUUAUUUUUAAAAUAAUUAAAAUUUUUUUUUACCUAUACCAUGUUAAAUAAAUUGCCGACAAACCAAAAUAUUUUAUUUACUAAAAGACGGUGCUAUUAUAUAACAAUUGGAAUAUUUAUUACAAUAUUGGUUUUCCAAGAUGAACAUAUUUUCAAUUCUUCAAAUUUCAUAAGAGAAGAUUACAAAAAAAUUAGCCGAGAAAAGGCAUUUUACUCGCCCUCCGACAACAUUACCAAAUUAAUAUCAAAUCAAACACGAUUUGAAUCAAAUAUAUCUCUAUUAACCAAUGUAACAUAUGAUAAAACUAAAAAUAUAAUAUUAUGGACUGCGUUUCAUACUGAUAUUACAUGGGACAUCAAAGAUCUAGGAAAAGCCCCUUUUAAAGAUUGUGAAUAUACUUCAUGUGAUAUUUCGAACAAUAAAUCUUAUUUUUCAAAUGUAGAUGCCCUUUUAUUCCAUGUAAGGGAUAUAAAAGGAUUCCCAUUAAACCGUUCAAAUAACCAAAUAUGGAUAUUUUUCAAUAUGGAGUCUCCUGUUCACACUUACGGAAAUCUGACCUCUUACGAUUAUAUCUUCAAUUGGACCAUUACCUAUUUACCACAAUCGGAUAUAUACAACCCAUAUAAUUCCACUGCUAUGAAACGCAAAUCCAAAGUUAGGAAUACCAACAAUAUAAACUAUUCGUACGGCAAGAUAGAGUUGGCUAUCAUUGUCGUGAGCAAUUGCAACACAAAUAACAACCGACUUGAAUUAAUCGUGGAAUUUCAAAUUCAUCUAGAUUCAAUCCAAGAUAACAAGACCACAGGAGCUCGCAGUCUAGAUGUACGGGGGGUAUGUUCUAUGAAUUUCCUCAAUAAUAGCGCCCUGAUAUGUUAUUCCAACAAAGAGCCAACAGAAGUUUGCAUGAAACGUUACCUCUCUCGUUACAAGUUUUAUCUGGCAUUCGAGAACAGUAACUGUGCACAUUAUAUAACGGAAAAAUUUUUUCGUGCACUCUCCGUGGGGACGGUACCCGUAGUGUUUGGCGCUCGAUACUCUGAUUAUGUUAGGGUAGCGCCACCAUUUUCUUUUAUUUUCGUGGCUUCGCCCUUAGCGAUUACUGCCGGAGUCAUGGGUGAUUUUGUAUUUGUCAUAUUAGCGGCAUUCCAGCAAGGGAAUCAAUCUCAAAAUUCUUCCAUUCCAAAUAUUAAUCUGGAGAUACCAAAAAAUCAUCCAUAUUUUCAUUCCAACAAUAUGAAUGAAUUAGUUAAAUACCUUUUAAAAUUAGAUUCCAAUGACACACUUUACAAUGAGUAUCACGCUUGGAGAGAGGAAUACAUUAUAGUAGGUAAAAAGAACAAAUAUUUAUGCUCAAUUUGUGAACAUCUGCAUCUCAAGGACAUCCCUAACAAAUCCUACAAAAUAUCCGAUUGGUGGAAUAAAGAAAGGGAUUGUAAAGAUUAAAUGGAAGCCAUCCAAAAUAUCAAAUUUUAUUAAGUCUCAUAAAAUAUUUUUAAUUGUUAAUAGAUGAAAUACACUUAUUUAUAUAAAAUUUAUAAUUAUUUAUUGACUAAAAAUAAUAAAACGUUUUUCAAAUAAUAGCAAAUAGAAUUAACAUUACCUAUGCUAGAUGCUAUCGUUAUAGAUGGUGAUUGGCUUAGUUAUUGCUGACGAUGUUUAUAAAAAAUGACCAUAGCCAUUAUAUUUAAAAUGUCUAUGGUAAUCGAUUUUUUUUGUGACUACAGCUGCUUAAUAAUAGAUAUUUUUGUUGGCUAAACUUAGGCGCUUCCUCAACUAUAGUUAUUGUAUUCAAAACAUAUUUUUAUUAUUAAGUAUUUUAUUCUUUUCAAUCUUUGUUUUUAGAAGAUAUUAAUAAAUUUUAUAUCGCGAUAUUAUCCAUUAUUUAAAAAAUUCAAAAUAAUGUAUUAUUAUUUUUAUUUUUUAUCACUUUGUUCUAAUGUUGUUACACGGUUGGUUGUGCCAAUUUUUUAUACCCGAUAACUCAAUCUUCAAGCCAGAUAAAUAUCACUUAAAAUUCAAGAUUUCUCUAAUAGAUGUCCAAACCUUUGUGCCAUCUAUGAGAAAAUUCUUCAGGCAUGCGUAAUAUUUUUCUGGAUCUCAAUCUAGCCAUUUAACAAUACUAAUUUGCCCUCCAUUCACAGCUAUUUUUUUAAAAAAAAAAUUACUAUUAAUUUUUAUUAAUAAAAUAAUAACGAUGAUUGUCAU